AUGGGUAUUUCUAGAGAUUCACGUCACAAAAGAUCAGCCACUGGUGCUAAGAGAGCCCAAUUCAGAAAGAAGAGAAAGUUUGAAUUGGGUAGACAAUCAGCUAACACCAAGAUUGGACCAAAGAGAAUCCACAGUGUCAGAACUAGAGGUGGUAACGAAAAAUUCAGAGCUUUGAGAGUUGAAACCGGUAACUUUUCAUGGGCUUCUGAAGGUAUUGCCAAAAAGACCAGAAUUGCAGGUGUCGUCUACCACCCUUCAAACAACGAGUUGGUUAGAACUAACACUUUGACCAAAUCUGCUGUUGUUCAAAUUGAUGCUACUCCUUUCAGACAAUGGUACGAGAACCACUACGGUGCUACCUUGGGUAAGAAGAAGCACCAACAAGCUGUUGAGGCUGAAGCUGAAGAAGUCAAGAGAUCCAGAAAGUUGGAAAGAAAAUUGGCUUCAAGAUCAGGUGCUGCUGCCAUUGAAUCAGCUGUCGACUCACAAUUCGGUGCUGGUAGAUUGUACGCUGUCAUUUCAUCAAGACCAGGUCAAUCCGGUAGAUGUGAUGGUUACAUUUUGGAAGGUGAAGAAUUAGCAUUCUACUUGAAAAGAUUGACACACAAGAACAAGUAA